AUGGGUGAAUACUUCAGACUGUGCACGAGCUUUGUAUCCUGUGUCAGCACUGUGUGGGAGUGGCUUGAGCUGACAGGUCUGAAAAGGCUGAAGACCGAGGAGGGGAGCAUUCAAACAAUUCCAAAAUCUGUAUGUUCUGAAAACUGUUUACCUGGAACCAGAAAAGUCCUGAGACAAGGAACACAAACCUGCUGUUAUGACUGUGUCCAAUGUUCAGAGGGAGAAAUGACCAACAGAACUGAUAGUGAAAACUGUGAGAAAUGUUUAAGCAAUGAAUGGCCCAAUGAGAGGAAAGAUCGGUGUAUUCCAAAACUGGAAGAAUUUCUAUCGUACAGAAAUGAUACCAUUGCUGUUGUUUUGUCCAUACUUUCAGUUUUAUGUUUCCUUAUAACAUUUAUUGUAUUAGUCAUUUUUAUUUGCUUCCAAGACACGCCUAUUGUAAAAGCCAAUAACAAGUAUCUCAGCUUUGUCCUCCUGGUCUCCAUCAUGCUGAGCUUUCUCUGUGUGUUUCUGUUCCUCGGUCGUCCUGUGGAUAUAAGCUGCAUGCUGCGUCAAACUGCUUUUGGAACCCUCUUCUCAAUAGCAAUCUCUUGCAUUUUGGGUAAAACUAUAACUAUCUAUAUUGUUUUUAAAGCCACCCAACCCGGCAGUGUCUGGAAAAGUUUUGUUAGUUUAAAAGUCUCCAAUUGUUUUGUAUUCUGCUGUUCUGCUGUUCAAGUUAUAAUUAAUGUAAUAUGGUUGGCUAUUUCACCCCCCUUUAUGGAACUUGACACACAUUCUCAUCAUGGAACGAUCAUCAUUCAAUGUAAUGAAGGUUCAGUUAUAGCCUUCUACUCUGUUCUGGGUUAUAUGGGUUUUUUGGCAGCUCUUAGUUUCAUUAUAGCUUUUUUAGCCAGGACAUUACCGGACAGUUUUAAUGAAGCCAAGUACAUCACCUUCAGCAUGCUGGUAUUCUGCAGUGUUUGGAUUGCAAUGAUCCCUGCCUAUCUGAGCACCAAAGGGAAAUACAUGGUGGCUGUAGAGAUAUUUGCCAUAUUGACCUCAAGUGCUGGUCUUGUAGCAUGUAUAUUUUUCCCCAAAUGUUUCAAUAUUAUAUUCAGACCUGAAAUAAAUACAAAAUCCCAUUUAUAUGGGAAUAUAAAUAAAAUCGGGGACCAUAAAUAA